CAUUCCCUGCUGCCUGCCUAGCCGGGACCCAGAUGGGCAGUGAGGCGAGAAGGAUCGGGGUGGAAUCUCCCCGGGGCAGAAAUGGCGUCCGAAUCUUCUUUACCCAGCUGCGCCAUCUUAUCCUGUUCCUGGCCAGAAGCCUCAGUUGGCCCUUCACGUGCACCCUCUGUGUUCUCCCAGAUGCAGGUGGCUGGGGAGCUGAAGGCGGAGCCCCGGAGUCCGCUCGUUGGGAUUGUGGCUACAUUGUUGGCUGUCCUCGGGUUAGGUGGCUCCUGCUACGCUGUGUGGAAGAUGGUGAAGCAUCGGCAACCAUCACAGGCCCCAUGAUGAG